AAGGAUGUGAAAACGCACAACAUCAUUGACGUACAGGGCAGCGGACGUGUUGCGCUGCUGCGUCGAGUCGGCGACACAUCACCCAGGCAGGUGAGCCGACGAGUAGUAGGAUCUCACCGCUGUAGUGCGAUCACGGCCGCCACCACCCACCAAUGGAGACUGGUGCAGGCGUGUGGAUCGCCGACCCAAACGACAUUUGGACGGCAGCGACCGUCGUCGAACACACCAAUGCCGAUCGACUCAUUGUCAAGCGACCCGAUCAGGCGGCGACUGAAACCAUUGCACUGAUCAAAGACCGCGACGGAAUCACGACAAACGUGUUGCUCCGGAAUAGUUUGGAGGAAGAAGAGAAGAAUGAGGACCUGAUCACGCUCCCGCAUUUGCACGAAGCGUCGAUUUUGCAAGCGUUGUCGAGUCGGUAUGCCAACGAUACCAUAUACACAACGAUCGGAGACAUUGUGCUGUCCAUAAACCCGUUCAAGCCACUGCCCUUGUACGACGACUCGGUCAUGGCACAGUACGACGCGUCGCCAAAAAACAAAUUCUUCGAGCACGUGUUGCCGCCACAUUUGUACACCAUUGGGAAGCGCGCGUUCGUGGACAUGACACGGCACCACCGCGACCAAGCGAUUUUAAUUUCAGGGGAAAGCGGUGCGGGCAAAACGGAAGCGACCAAGAUCAUCAUGAGCUACCUCGCCAACAUGUCGAACGGGGGCAAGUCGUCGUCCGAGAACAGCAUCGAGUCGCAAGUACUCCAGACAAACCCGGUGCUUGAAGCCUUUGGGAACGCGCGCACUGUGCGCAACGACAACUCGAGUCGAUUUGGCAAGUUCAUCGAAGUGCGAUUUCAACAUGCCAAGAUCGUCGGCGCCAACAUUCGCACGUAUUUAUUGGAAAAGGUUCGCGUGGUCACGCAGGCGCCGCACGAGCGCAAUUUUCACAUUUUCUACGAGCUCGUGUCGACGAUCCUCCAGAUGAAUCUUCCGCCCAAGAAGCAGAUCAAGAAGCUCCGGCCGCUCCCGCUAGCGUUCGACCUGCGGAAGAAGGCCACCGAGUGGCACGUCCUGGACCUGGACGCGUAUAACUUUCUUAACCAGAGCGGGUGCAUGGCUCGGCGCGACAAUGUCCUCGACAUCGACCAGUUUCCGAUCACGAUCCAAGCCAUGCUGGACACAGGCAUGUCGUCCGAGCACGUCGAGCAGGUUCUCGCUCUCAUCGUGGGCGUGCUGCACUUGGGCAACAUCUCGUUCGACUCGACGGACGAAAACGACGCGGCCAUGCGCAGCGCAUUCAUUGCGUCGGCGUCGGAGCCCCACGUGAGUGCCGCCGCCAAGUUGCUGCAAGUGCCGUCCAAGCAUCUUCAGACCGCCCUGACGAAACGUUCCAUCACGACGAACGGCGAGGUGUUUGUGAUGGGGAUGAGCUUGAUGCAAGCACGACACACGCGCAACGCGCUCGCGAUGGAAGCAUACCGAUCGCUGUUUGAGUGGCUCGUGCGGCGGGUCAAUGGAUCGAUCCAUCCACCGGACCACGCAGACGCCGGCGCCCGCAUGCACUUGAUCGGGCUCCUCGACAUCUUUGGGUUUGAAAUCAUGGCCAUGAACUCGUUCGAGCAACUCUGCAUCAACUACGCAAACGAGACGCUCCAGCAACAAUUCAACUCGUACGUGUUCAAGACGGAGCAAAAGCUGUACGAGGCCGAGCACAUUGCGUGGGAGUUUAUUGCUUUCCCGGACAACAUCCCGUGCAUCGAAUUGUUUGAGAAGAAACCGAUCGGGCUCUUUUCGUUGCUCGAUCAAGAAUGCCGCGUGCCCCAGGGAAGCGACAAGGCGCUGGCCGCCAAGUACUACAAAGCGUUUGUCGACGACCCGCACCCCAUGUUCCAUGCGUCGAAAGCUCACGUUCGGGACGGGCAAUUCACAGUCCUCCACUACGCCGGCCCGGUCAAUUACUCGGUCGACGGAUUUCUCGACAAAAACAAGGACGCGUUGCUCGACUCGCUCGUCGAGUUGCUCCAGAACUCGGAGAGUUUUAUUUUGCACGAUAUUUAUCACGCCGCGUCGAAACAAACGGCAACGACAAAGCGCCGGGCCGCGCUCCACUCGUCGAUCGGGUCGGUCAACGUGGCCGAGCAAUUCAAGGCCCAGCUCACGGAACUCGUCGCCACGAUUGAAAAGACCGCGCCGCACUACGUCCGGUGUCUCAAGCCGAAUGACGCCAACAGACCCCACACGUUUGACCGUGUUCGGAUGGUCGAACAGCUCCGAAGUGGCGGCGUCCUCGAAGCUGUCAAGGUCGCGCGCGCUGGGUUUCCCGUGCGGUUGACGCACAAAGAGUUCAGGGUCGGGUAUGGCCGGCUCGUGGCGCCAUUGACGACGCCGUCGAUCCGCGACUUGAUUCAAGCCGACUCGUUCCCCGUCCUGGGGGAAUUCUUGCAUGUUUGCCAUGCGCUGCUGGCCAAAAGGCCGGGCACGACCCCCCACCAUGCCCAUGUCAGCUUGGGGACGACCAAAGUGUUUUUCCGCCGGAAAGCGUUCGAAGACGUGGAAACACUCAAACGACGCAUCUACUCGCACUCGGCGGUGCAAGCGCAGCGCCUGUUUCGAGGGUUUGUCUGCUAUAAAGCGUAUCGGCGACUGCUGCGCGCGGCGCUCGUCGCGCAGUGUGCGUACCGGGUGCAUGUCGCGUACGUCCAACGCAUGCACCUCAAGCGAACGGCGGCGUCCAUCGUGCUGCAGACGUGGACGCGUCAAGUCGUUGCGCGCCACGCGUUUACGUCGUUCCGUCAUGCGGUCGUCGUGCUCCAGUCGAAGCACCGGCAAGUGGUGGCGAAACGUGUGGUCCAGGCGCGUCGCGAACACGUGCAUGCGAUUCAACUGCAGAAAACGGUGCGCGGGUUCUUGGCCAAGCGGCAGUUUGCACGGGCACGACAGCGUGUGGUUGCUGUGCAGUGCCACUGGCGGCGCCGGCACGCCCGCCGGUUGCUCGCCACGUUGCGCGCCGAAUUUCGCAACGUCAAAGCGCUGCAAGACGACAAGCGGAAGCUCCAGGAAGAGCUCAAGCGCGUCGAGAAGGAGCUGAGCGAAAAAGCGGCGCUCGAGGAAGCAAAUCGGAAGUUGCAGCUCGAGCUCGACAUGAUGCGGCAAACGCUGGAGCGGGUCCGUUCUUCCAGCGACUUUGAUGUGGUGACCGAGGCCGGCGAACCGACGGGGUUCAAUGGCAAGACGAACCCAACGUCGCGGGUGCGAACUCGCCGACCGCCCAUUGGCAUCGUCACCAGCAAGUCCCGAUCGAAUACGUUUUCAGCCAACACCAAGUACUACCGGCGGGACUCGAAGGCGGCGCAGCAGUUCCAGGCGGACAAGAUGCACGAGGAGUUGUUGGAUAGCCACAACUCUGUGGCGCCGACGCCGCCGCCGCCCGUCGACAUCUUUUCAGAGCUCAUCCACAACGUGAGAAGCGUGUUUGACAACCAAGUGAACCAAGUGCUGUCCAAGCCGCCACUGGCCAAGCCCCCUGUCGACGGUGGCGGGAUUCCGACCCUCGCGCCCCGACCAACGAUCAGCAAAGGACGGAGCCGCACGUUGUCGCUGGACCCAGAGAUGACAAUUCCUGAAAACCAGGAAGAUUACAGCUACGAAGACAUGCUGAGGGAGCAUGGGAUCCUCAUGCCAGUCAGCGACGAUGUCCAAGAAGCCCAGAGCAUCAUGGAGCAGCGAUUCCGUGCGAUGAGUGCGUCGUCUCGAAGGCGCAGCGACUCGAGCUUUUCCGCCGUGACGUCCAUAACGGGGCGCGACGUCGCACGGUGGAGCAAGGACUCGCGAUGCAAGGAAUGCAAUUGUGAAUUCAAUCUGUUUGUGCGGCGCCACCACUGCCGCCACUGUGGAUUCUCGUUCUGCUUUGAGCACUCGACACGGCGGGUCGCGCUCCCGUCGCAGGGGUACAAGGACCCCGUCCGCGUCUGCGACGAUUGCUUCGAGUGGGUGACCAACUUCAACGAGCAAUUGAUGUAUCUCGGCGAGGACGAGAUUUAUGACGCAUGAUAAUUCACCAUAUUUGCUGGCACGUUCGGCCUUGUCGACGUGGAG